AUGGCUCGGUGUUAUCAUGAUGAACAAGAGUUUAAAUCUGAUGUUGAUAUUGAGGUGGCGAGAGAAGGUGAUAUAUUACAGGAAGGACAAGAUUUAGAUCAGUUUAAAUGUCACAAGAAUCCUGGCCAUUCAGGGUUUAUCCCAUUUAAAGAUUUAACAUUGGAAGAUUUACCAGAAGAAGUAAGAAGUAUAGAGACGUUAGAGAGUGUUAAAACAAGGGGAAAAUAUGUUGCAAGAUUGGUGGUAGAUAAAAUAAGAAAUGGAAGAUGGGUAAAGGAAGCAGGGACAGGGUAUGUCCAUUCUGAUGGUAAAGAAUUUUGUAUUCAAACCAAUAACCAUAUCGUUAAAACGGACGAGGAAGUUAAAAAUUGUACUGUCCAGUUUUUCUAUGAUUCUCACGACGAGUCAAAUGUAUUGACUUGUAGAGGAGUGGAACUUGUAUACACAUGUCCUUUUAGAGAUCUCUCAUACUUUUUGUUCGAUCCUGUACCUGAUUUUGUAUAUCAACUGGACGUUAUAGACCCCCUCCUUUCCUCUUCAUCAAUUAUUAUAAUGUACAGCAAUAAUAACAUUGAACAAUAUCGCACCGAGCUCUAUUUUAAGUCACCAAAACUUGUUUAUUAUACUUCUGAAAAUUUGAACAAUCCUCAGAUUGAAAUGGUAUUCAUUACUUUGGAUGACAAUACAAUCAGUUAUCUAAAAAGCUCUUAUUUUAAAUUUCAAUCGAUUCCUUCCAAUAUACAGGAGUUAACUCGUAUUGAAAUUCAUAUAGAUGAGGAUGAUGGUAAUAGUAGAGUGAUACCAGGUGAUGUUGUAAAAUUUAGUAAUGAUUAUGUUGUUAAUAUCUCCGAAUCAAUUUUCCAAGAUGAAGUUAAGAAAUGUAGAUUAGUGUGGAAUGGUGAAGUUAUUGCUCAAGGUACGCGAUUGUAUUUUCAACAAGUUAAAUCUAGAGAGUUUUUCAGUGAUAUGGAUGAUGAUGAUUUAGAAGAAACUGUUCAACAGGCUUCUCCUAAUAUUUGGUUAUUUGAUUUUUAUCCUCUACCGAAAGUAAUAGAGCAGUAUAAUGAGACUGUCAAUAAUAAUACAUCUACAUGUGAUACUUUAUGUUGUAUUGGUCAUCCUCAUGGUGGAAUCAAAAUGGUUACAUUCGGACGAUUUAUCGGGCGAUCACCAGAACGGUUUGAUUUCCAUGGAAGACGUAUAACACAACCAGGAACAGACUGUCAAUGUAAGGAAGUUAGCUGUGUAAAAUAUUCGUGUAAAACUUGUCCAGGUUCUAGUGGAUCUCCAGUAUUUAUACCUGAACGAAAAUACAACACGAUUAGUAAUAUUAGUCAUUUUAUGGGUGAAAGAGUAAAAGCGUUAUUGCCAAAUGGUACAUCAACCAAUGGUCAUCUGCCCUCCACAAUUGCUUGUCAACUUCAACUGAUAGAAUCUGAAGCUAUUGACGACGAACGUAAUACAUGUAUAAAUAUUUUACGAGAUACAGUUAUAUAUGAUUCUGCUCUGAAUGCUAUUGCUAAAUGCAGGUUAGAACCAUCAUUACCACUCAAGCAAACUGAUAUCGGCGACGAUGAAUAUCCUUUAGAUGAAUCAGUUCGUGAUCCAGAUUGGGGGCCUACCUCAAGUGCUGAAGAUGACAAGCAAGCGCACUUUAUUACAAAACCAAAUUAG